AUGGCGGCCAAUGUGGGAUCGAUGUUUCAAUAUUGGAAGCGCUUUGAUUUACAGCAGCUGCAGAGGGAACUCGAUGCCACCGCAACAGUAUUGGCAAACCGGCAAGAUGAAAGCGAGCAGUCUAGAAAGCGGCUCAUUGAGCAGAGCCGAGAGUUCAAGAAGAACACUCCAGAGGAUUUACGCAAGCAGGUAGCGCCGCUGCUGAAGAGCUUCCAAGGGGAGAUUGAUGCACUGAGUAAACGAAGCAAAGAAGCUGAGGCAGCCUUCUUGAAUGUCUACAAAAGAUUGAUUGAUGUUCCAGAUCCCGUGCCAGCCCUGGAUCUCGGACAGCAGCUCCAGCUCAAAGUGCAGCGCCUGCACGACACUGAAACAGAGAACCAGAAACUUAGGGAGACACUCGAGGAAUACAACAAGGAAUUUGCUGAAGUAAAAAAUCAAGAGGUUACGAUAAAAGCACUUAAAGAGAAAAUCCGAGAAUAUGAACAGACUCUGAAGAACCAAGCUGAGACUAUAGCUCUCGAAAAGGAACAAAAGUUACAAAAUGAUUUUGCAGAAAAGGAGAGAAAGCUGCAAGAGACACAGAUGUCCACCACCUCAAAGCUGGAAGAAGCGGAACAUAAAGUUCAGACUCUGCAAACAGCCCUGGAAAAAACUCGAACAGAAUUAUUUGACCUGAAAACCAAAUACGAUGAAGAAAUUACUGCCAAGGCCGAUGAAAUUGAAAUGAUCAUGACGGACCUUGAAAGAGCAAACCAGAGGGCAGAGGUGGCUCAGAGAGAGGCGGAGACCUUAAGAGAGCAGCUCUCGUCAGCCAACCACUCUCUCCAGCUGGCCUCGCAGAUCCAGAAGGCGCCGGACGUGGAGCAGGCCAUCGAGGUGCUGACCCGCUCCAGCCUCGAAGUUGAGUUGGCCGCCAAAGAGCGGGAAAUCGCCCAGCUCGUGGAGGACGUGCAGAGACUGCAGGCCAGCCUCACCAGGCUGCGGGAGAACUCCGCCAGCCAGAUCUCCCAGCUCGAGCAGCAGCUGAGUGCCAAGAACAGCACACUCAAACAACUGGAAGAAAAACUCAAAGGACAGGCUGACUAUGAAGAGGUGAAGAAAGAACUCAAUAUUCUGAAGUCCAUGGAGUUUGCACCGUCCGAGGGAGCUGGGACACAGGACGCAUCCAAGCCCCUGGAGGUGCUGCUGCUGGAGAAGAACCGCUCGCUGCAGUCCGAGAACGCCUCCCUGCGCAUCUCCAACAGCGACCUGAGCGGGUCAGCCAGGAGAAAAGGGAAAGACCAGCCUGAGAGUCGGCGUCCUGGACCUUUGCCGGCGCCCCCUCCUCAGUUGCCCCGCAACACAGGGGAGCAGGCUUCCAAUACUAAUGGUACACACCAGUUCUCACCAGCGGGGUUAACUCAAGACUUUUUCAGCUCAUCCCUGGCAAGCCCCAGCCUACCCCUGGCUUCUACGGGAAAAUUUGCACUAAACUCUCUCCUCCAACGACAGCUAAUGCAGUCCUUCUACUCCAAGGCCAUGCAGGAAGCAGGAAGCACAAGCAUGAUUUUUUCAACAGGUCCAUACAGCACAAACUCCAUAUCUUCCCCAAGUCCAUUACAACAAAGCCCAGAUGUAAAUGGCAUGGCCCCGUCUCCCAGCCAGUCAGAAAGUGCUGGGAGCGUCUCCGAGGGCGAGGAGAUAGACACUGCAGAAAUCGCCCGGCAGGUGAAAGAGCAGUUGAUCAAGCACAAUAUUGGACAGCGCAUUUUUGGACAUUAUGUCUUGGGACUGUCUCAAGGGUCCGUGAGCGAGAUUCUGGCCCGGCCCAAACCAUGGAAUAAACUGACCGUUCGCGGCAAGGAGCCUUUCCACAAGAUGAAGCAGUUCCUCUCGGAUGAGCAGAACAUCCUGGCUCUUCGCAGCAUCCAAGGCAGACAAAGAGAGAAUCCAGGCCAGAGCCUGAACAGACUAUUUCAGGAAGUACCGAAACGAAGAAAUGGGUCUGAAGGUAACAUCACCACCCGGAUCCGAGCCUCAGAGACGGGGUCCGAUGAAGCAAUCAAGUCUAUCCUGGAACAAGCCAAAAGGGAACUGCAAGUGCAAAAAACUGCAGAGCCCGCUCAGCCUUCUUCCACAUCUGGCAGCGGGAACUCCGACGACGCCAUCCGCUCCAUCCUGCAGCAAGCCCGCCGAGAAAUGGAGGCCCAGCAAGCUGCCCUCGACCCCGCCUUAAAACCAACACCACUGGCCCAGACUGACAUUGCCAUCCUGACCCCCAAGUUAAUAUCCACCUCGCCCAUGUCCUCAGUGUCCAGCUACCCUCCUCUAGCCAUCUCCUUGAAAAAGCCCGCCUCCGCCCCCGAUUCCAGCACCCCCGCUCUGCCCAACCCCCCAGCCCUCAAAAAGGAGUCCCAGGACGCACCUGGACUGGACCUCCAAGGAGCCACCGACUCCACACCGGGGGUCCUGCGGCACGUGAAGAACGAGCUGGGCCGCAGCGGCGGCUGGAAGGACCACUGGUGGAGCACCGUGCAGCCGGAGAGGAAGAACAACCCUCCCCCCGAGGAAACCAAGGCCGAAGAACCCAGCAGCGGGAAAGAAAAAGGUGGCAGCAGUCAGGCGAGGGCCGAACGCAGCCAGCUCCAGGGACCCUCCUCCUCCUCCUCCGAAUACUGGAAAGAAUGGCCCAGCGCCGAGUCACCGUACUCCCAGAGCUCAGAGCUGAGCAUGACCGGAGCCAGCCGCAGCGAGACACCGCAGAACAGCCCUCUGCCUUCCUCCCCCAUCGUACCCCUGUCCAAGCCCACCAAGCCCUCUGUCCCUCCACUGACGCCUGAGCAGUAUGAGAUCUACAUGUACCAGGAGGUGGACACCAUCGAGCUCACCCGGCAGGUGAAGGAGAAGCUGGCCAAGAAUGGCAUUUGUCAGCGGAUCUUCGGGGAAAAGGUGCUGGGCCUGUCCCAGGGCAGUGUCAGUGACAUGCUGUCCCGGCCGAAGCCAUGGAGCAAGCUGACCCAGAAAGGCCGCGAACCCUUCAUCCGGAUGCAGCUCUGGCUAAAUGGCGAGCUGGGCCAGGGCGUCCUGCCAGUCCAAGGACAGCAGCAGGGGCCAGUCCUCCAUUCUGUGACGUCACUACAGGACCCUCUGCAGCAAGGCUGUGUGAGCUCAGAAAGCACACCAAAGACGUCUGCCAGCUGCAGCCCUGCACCAGAAUCACCAAUGAGCUCAAGUGAAUCGGUGAAGAGUUUGACUGAACUGGUCCAGCAGCCCUGUCCCCCCAUUGAAACAAGCAAGGAUGGCAAACCACCAGAACCCAGCGACCCGCCUGCUUCCGACUCCCAGCCCACCACCCCACUGCCUCUCUCUGGACACUCGGCCCUCAGCAUUCAAGAGUUGGUAGCCAUGUCUCCAGAGCUGGACACCUACGGUAUAACCAAGAGGGUCAAGGAGGUGCUGACUGACAACAACCUUGGUCAGCGCUUAUUUGGGGAGACCAUCUUAGGGCUCACCCAAGGCUCUGUCUCCGACCUCCUCGCUCGCCCGAAGCCCUGGCACAAGCUCAGUCUGAAGGGCCGGGAGCCCUUUGUCCGCAUGCAGCUCUGGCUGAAUGACCCCAACAACGUGGAGAAGCUGAUGGACAUGAAACGGAUGGAAAAGAAAGCGUACAUGAAGCGGCGGCACAGCUCAGUCAGCGACAGCCAGCCCUGCGAGCCACCCUCCGUUGGCAUUGACUAUAGCCAAGGCGCAAGCCCCCAGCCCCAGCACCAGCUGAAGAAACCCCGUGUGGUGCUGGCUCCUGAAGAGAAAGAAGCUCUGAAACGAGCAUAUCAGCAAAAGCCAUACCCGUCACCAAAAACCAUCGAAGAACUCGCCACCCAGCUCAACUUGAAAACCAGCACUGUCAUCAACUGGUUCCACAAUUACAGGUCUCGGAUCCGCAGAGAACUGUUCAUUGAGGAGAUCCAGGCCGGGAGCCAGGGCCAGGCCGGGGCCAGCGACUCCCCGUCGGCCCGCAGCAGCCGGCCGGCGCCCAGCUCCGAGGGCGACAGCUGUGACGGCGUGGAGGCCGCCGAGGGCCGGGGCGCCGCGGACGCGGAGGAGUCGGGCGGCCCCGCGGCCGCCACCAAGUCUCAGGGAGAGGCCGCCGCCCCGGAGGAGCGCGGAGAGGAGGCGCCGCGGCCCGCGGAGAAGCCGGAGCCGCCGCCCUCGGGGACCGCGGCCCCGCAGGACACCGACGAGGGCCGCCCCCGGGCACCACCGCCGCCCGAAGGCCCCGCGGACGGCCCGCGGCCCGUGCCAAACCCCGCGGCCGCCGCCGGGGAGGACGCCGCUACCUCAGCCGCCCCGGGGGAGCGCCCCGCCCGGGCCCGGGACGCCGCCCCCAGUUCCGCUUUGCCAAGCACCAGCGCGCCGGCCGCCCGCAGGCCCAGCUCGCUGCAGAGCCUGUUCGGCCUCCCCGAGGCGGCGGGCAGGGACUCGCGAGACAACCCCUUGAGGAAGAAGAAGGCCGCGAACUUGAACAGCAUCAUCCACCGCCUGGAGAAGGCCGCCAGCCGCGAGGAGCCCAUCGAAUGGGAGUUCUGA